GGAUAGAGAGCGGGAUAGAGAGAAGGAUAGAGAGCGGGAUAGAGAGCUGGAUAGAGAGCACGAGAGAGAGCAGGAUGAGCGGGCAACGAAAACAACACCAUCAUAACGUGCUCAAGAAAGUUGAAAGAGGUAUUUCUGGAAGGUUCCCGUGAGUAGGUGCACCUGUCGAGCCGGUUUGGUGGGACGUGGAGAGGAAUGGUGGGCGGGCACGGGCCAGGGGUUCAGUGGUGAGGAGAGCGACGCACACAAACCUGAGAGGAACCUUACCUGAGAGAGCAGAGAGCGGCUCUAAGGAAGUGGGAGAACGCAACAGCGUCUGUUUCUCUUCGUCUGUGGUCAAGUUGCGACCAUGUCAUCGGUGGCAUCCUUCCUGUCCGAGGACCAGUUCACCUGCUCCAUCUGCCUGGACAUGUUCACCAACCCCGUGUCCACGCCCUGCGGACACAGCUUCUGCCUGGCCUGCAUCUCCUGCUACUGGGAUAAGUCGACCGGCCACAAGGCCUUCCUCUGCCCCAUCUGCAAAGAGUCGUACCGCAGGCGGCCCGAGCUCCAUAUCAACCGCACCCUCAAGGACAUCACCGAGCAGUUCAAGCUGCUGUCCGAGGGGGGGCCAGAGUCAGAGGGCUUCAGUGGGGUGGUGGGAGUUGGAGAAUCCUCCAGGGAGGGCGGAGAUGAGGGGCUGCGCAACGCCAAACAUCCUCACCAUCAUCGGCCAUCGAGGCAGAUGCCGGGACACGUGAUGGCCGAAAUGAAGCUGCGGCUUCAGCCUGUGCAGGGCAGUGAGGAGGCAUCGCAUCCCUCUGGCAGGCCCUCGCAGAGCGAUCCAGCCGACGCAUCCGCCAACGUGCCUCUUUGCCCCAUUCACCAGCGAGGCCUGAACUACUUCUGUCACAAUCACCAGGUCUGUGUGUGCAGCUCCUGUCUGGAGACGGCAGAGCACCAGGGACACAGCGCCGCCCUGGCCAAGAGGGAGUGGGAGAUGAGGAAGUCCCAGUUGGGGAUCACAGAGGGGGAGCUCAAGGACCUGGUCACACAGAGGGAGAGGAAAAUGGAGGAAAUAAAGAGAGCACUGAAAGAUAUAAAGGUGUGUGCAGAGAGAGAGACGGCAGGCAGUGUGCAGGUGUUCUCCCAGUUUGUGUCUUGUGUGGAACGCUGUCAGUCCGAAGUCUUGGAGGCAAUAGAACUGCAGCAGCGUUAUGCCGAGCAGCGAGCCCAGGGUCUGGUCCGGGAGCUGGAGCUGGAGAUAGCCCAGCUGAAGAAACGAAGCGCAAAGCUGAUUCAGCUGGCGCAAACGGACGACUACAUCACCUUCCUGGAAACGUUUCACGUUCUUGCCAGCCCCCCACAGACAAAGAAAUGGUCGGAGACCCACUUGAACUCUGAGGUGACGUCAGGGUCUCUACUCCAGGCCGUCACUGACAUGAUGGAGCGCUACCGGGAGGAGCUCUGCAAACUGCCACAGCUGGUGCUGAGGACCGAUGGCAGCACAGGUCAGCAUGCUUCUUCAGAGCAAUCUGUUCCCCGGAUCAUUCCGAAGGUGAGAAGGGUGCAGGAAUAUGCAGAGGACGUCACCCUGGACCCGAACACGGCCCAUCCCCGGCUGAUCAUCGCAGUGGAUGGGAAGCAGGUGUGCUGCGGGGACCGGCACCAGCCCGUGCUGGACACGGCUGAGCGCUUUGACCGUGUGGUGUGUGUUCUGGGACGCCAGGGCUUCACCUCAGGGAGACACUACUGGGAGGUGAAGGUCGGAGACAAGACAGACUGGGAUCUGGGUGUGGCCAGCCGCUCCGUCAACCGGAAGGGCAAGAUCACCGUGAGUCCGGCGCAGGGUUAUUGGUUCCUGAGCCUGAGGGACCGGACGGAAUACGCCUUCCGCACCGAGCCGGCGACGCCCCUGGCGCUCAGCCUCAGACCCUCGCGCAUCGGCGUGUUUGUCGACUGUGAAAAAGGACAGGUGUCGUUUUUCGAUGUGGAGGCUAAGAAGCUCAUCUUUACGUUUGUGGAUCAUUUUGAUGACAUGAUCCACCCCUUCUUCAGCCCGUGCACCAAUAAGUCGGGUCAAAAUGACGCAGCACUCGUUAUCUGCCCUGUUGCAACACCAGAAUAGACCCCAGAAUAGGGUUCAACGUUGAAGAAAAUUAAACACUGGCCUCAAGACAAUCUUUAUUGGCGCUCACUCAAAGUUCUUUACCUUCUUUACUCAAGUCACUGUUGGUUUUACCUGCCGUCCAAUACUAAAGCAGUUUGUGCUCUUGGCAUUUUAUGAAUUAAAUAUAUAUAUUUGUAUGCGUAUAAUCCCUUAUGCUAAACCUUUAUAACUGGUUGAUGAAUACACUUGUUAGUACAUGUACUUCAUCUGGAAAGAACUAUGGAUCGAUUCCGCACGAUGACAAUUGAAACUAAGUACUAAGUCUGUCUUUACCUCUGCAAAUCAAUGAUCACAAUGUUUUGAAAUAAACAAUUGAUUUGUUUUUGGCAUAUCUAAAUAGUAAAACAGGGACAGUGUGAAUAUGUUUCAUAUGACCUGAAAUACUGCAGCUAAACAUGACAACUAUGUUUCUAAACAUCACCUUCUCAACCUGCACAGAUUUUACAGAACUACGAAAUAUACUGAAUUAGUAUAUGCUACACUUGAACCUCCUAAGAUGGCUCAGCUUGAUUGGUUCGCUAUCUUGGGAUAUUGGGCAAUAUCACAUGAUUGAGAUCUCAUACUCAGGAUAUUGCUUUCCUCACAAAAUGUCCCGCUUGUUCGCUAAUAAAAAACAAUAAAUCCCUGCAAAAAGU